GUACAAUUCCAUCUUUUAGCUCAAUCCUACCAUUCAAUUUCCCAGCAUGAACCCAGUAUUACUCCAUCACGCCAAGCCGGUUUACGGAGAGCGUUCAAGCUAAUGUCGGCUUCAUGCUUCCCUACUGAGUAAUUGAGCGACGAUCACGUGCAGACCAAGAAGCUAUAGAUACAUUUGUAAACCACGAUACUACUCAUGCGCUCUUUUCUCCAUCGUGCCUUUUCUCGUGGCAAGAACCAUGUUCAACUACGCUACACUUGCGGUCACGCUCUGGCUGGCUUGUCCGGCGUCAGCGAGCUAUGCCUUCUACGUUGGCAAGAACCUCACUCAAGAUGGGAGUGUUAUCGUCGGAGGCACUGGGGAAGAAGUUUCUAGCCAUUGGCUUCAGCUCUUCCCGGCGCGUGACCAUCCUCCUAACUCGACGAUCACUGUUGGCGUCACUAAAGAUGCCGUGUACCCGGGAGAGCUUAUUCAGAUUCCGCAAGUGAACCAUACGUUUCGGUACAUGAGUAUGGAGUACUCUGACUUUGAGGGGUUUCCUGCGCCGUUGACGAAUGGUGGUUUGAAUGAGAAGGGUGUGACGGUCCGUGAUGUCUGGGCUGAUAACCGGGAUGAGCUACUGGAGAUGACGCCGAAUCCUCAACGGGGUGUGCAGUAUAGCGACUUUGCUCGCAUUGUUAUGGAGAGAGCUAGCAGUGCUCGUGAGGGCGUUGAAAUCAUUGGAGACUUGAUGGCGAAGUACGGUGAAGCCACUUAUGGCGGCAACUCUCAUCUCAUCGCUGAUAAAGAUGAGGGCUGGGUUGUCUGGGAGAUGGCGGGCGGCAAGAAGCUAUGGGCUGCCCAACGUCUUGGUCCGAAUGAUGUCAAGGUCCUCUACCCAGGCUAUAUCGAGAACUUCCCCACCGACUUCAAGAACAACCCCGACUAUGCUGGAUCUGACAACAUUGUGUCAUUUGCUGUUGAGCAGGGCUGGUGGAACAAGACUUCCGGCAAGCCGUUCAACAUCUUCGACGUCUAUGGUCCUCAGGAUCCUCGAUACAAGGCUCGUGAUGGAGGCUACAAAUUCAUGUCGCAGGCAGCUCUGGAAAACGCCACCCUUGCGAUGGUUCCUGUGACUGAAGCCAAGAUGAUGGAGAGAGUUCGAGAUCCCCGCAUUGCGGAUGAUGAAGCUGGCUAUGGACAAGUCGUCAGUCUCCAUGAUGGAAUCGACCGGGAUAUGCUACGAAUCUGGAACGCGCCAGCGACUUCUGUGGCAGCGCCUUUCGUCCCAUGGUGGCUAGGCGUUCAGUCCGUCCCCCCAGAGUUCGGCGAGCAUCGAUAUUUGACGACUGGCGCUUCAAGCAGCUUUCUUAACCCGGACUAUCAACUGCAAGAAGCGUCGGAGUUUGCUGGCCGCAUCUUCAAGCGUGUGCUGUAUUACAUGUGCUCAGAUCCGAACAAAUACCAUCCCAUCGUGACGGAGAUGUUUGAGAACUUCGAGAGCGCAUCCCGCGUCCAGGUUGAAGGCUGGGUGGAAAAGACAGCCUUGACUAUGAUCAAGCAAGGAGAAAGAAAAGUGGCACAGAGUUUGUUGACGUAUUACUCACAUACUCGUGCGGCUGAGGCCCUCGAAGUUGGACAUACGUUGAACAAUGCUUUGGAUGGGUAUAUCAAGUUGACAGGGAAGUGGCGUGGACCCAAGGGCGAUCAGAUCAAUGAUAGUGGUGAGGGUAACGAGACGGUCAAUUGUCUUGUUGGAUUUGACCCAGACAAGCCUAGAUAUCUCCAAGGCAACAACUAGAUGCUCGGAAAUAAUUAGGUAGAUGGAAAUAAGUCUUCCGCCUACAAAUGCCUCAGCCCAGCGUAUCCCGAGUGAAGCAAAUCACAAAUCCAUUGUAGCCGGCAAAAGUGGAUCUGUUCCGCCUGCACCACGCCGCAUCACCGAUCAAUCGACCCGCUCCGGAUGC